CAAACAGUCCUAAUCCGCUUGUGGGCGCGACUCGUGACUAAAUGUCGAUCCAAAACUUAAAUACUCGCGAUCCUUUUGCGGAUGCCUCGAAGGGCAACGACGAUGAUAUCCAGGACGGACUCAUCCACAUUCGCAUACAGCAGCGGAAUGGUCGCAAAACUUUGACCACUGUCCAGGGACUGUCGCAGGAGUAUGACCUGAAGAAGAUUGUGCGCACCUGCAAGAAGGAGUUUGCCUGCAAUGGUACUGUCGUCGAGCACCAGGAGUACGGCGAGGUUAUACAGCUUCAGGGCGACCAGCGGGAGAACAUUUGCCAGUGGCUGACCAAGGCCGGAUUGGCCAAGGCCGAUCAGCUGAAGGUUCAUGGCUUUUAAGCAGGUAGCGCAAGGGGGAGAAAAAAUCCAAAAUCCAAAAUCAAUCCAGCAGAUCAAGAGUUAUACAAUACAACAAGAGGAAGCCACCAACAAUAGACCCUUCCUUUUGAGAGUAAAUAAUUGUAUAUCAUAUCAUAUCAUAUCAUACAUCAAAUUAAAUGUGCGCGGUGCAACUAAA